AACGCAAGGGCUACGCUUGAAGAUCCCAGUAGCAAGCUACUAUGGAGAAUCCUCCCCCUAAAAAAAUUAAUUUAAUAUCAUGUGAGUCAUUGACUCACGUAUCAGAUAUUAAACUGAUAAGAACAGAUACUACACUUGAUCUUAGCCAAAAGGCCGAGAAAGGACAACUACAAGAAAUUAACCAAGCUCUGGCAAAACAGCGCACACUGGCAAGAUGUGCAUUUUCCCCAGAGUAUGACCUGCCUUGGGCUACAAAGAGUGUUCUUGGGAGUUCCACUCAUAACGAGAGCCGUCUCUAAAAGAAGAAUUUGAGGGUUUGGCUGGAAUUAUAUAUCCUUGCAAGUAAUGGAUGGUAUUGAUAAUAGUCAUGUUAUAAUCUGUUUUCCUCUGUUAUGAGUCUUGUCUUUUAUUGUUACUUAUAUUAAUGAAAUUUAUCUUCCAUU